GUCAUGUGAACGACCUAUCAGGGCUGGAAAACAGUAGCGACUCAGUCAGUUAACCAUUUGAUGGCCAAGGACGACGCAUCAACUAAAUUUACAGCUAUAGUUUUAUGAUAGAUCACAGAGAUAGUUUUAAUAAUAUAACAAACAUGCAGCUUGCGUCUUUGGCCUUCAUCUCUUUCCUGGACAUUAUCUCCUUUAUGUCUUUGCUACCUCACACUAUAUCAGGAAAGAAAUUCCGCUGGUGCACCCUAUCUGAGGCUGAGCAGAGGAAAUGUUCUCACCUGGCACGGACUCUACAGUCCAUUCUUCUAGCAAAUGACCCUUUUUCAAGAGUAUCUUGUGUACGUGCUCAUAACACUCAGGACUGCAUGAGCAAGAUAAGGGGAAAUAAAGCGGAUGCAGUGUCCCUUGAUGCAGGUGACGUUUAUACGGCCAUCAGACUAUAUGAUCUGGCAGUCGUAGCAAAGGAAGAGCACUCAGAAGGGACGUGUUUGUUUGGUUUGGCUGUUGCUCGGCGGGGCACCCUAAAUAUACAAAAACUAAGAGGAUCCCGCUCCUGUCACAGUGGGGCCCGCUUGACAUCUGGGUGGAACCUCCCACUGGGUUUCCUGCUGGCCAAGAACCUUCUCUACUGGGAUGAGGAGCAGCCAUUAAGCAGAGUGGUCAGUGCCUAUUUCAAUGCAAGUUGUAUCCCUGGAAUUGGAAUAUCUUCCCCCAACCUAUGUGAGCUGUGCCAGGGAACCAAAUCCUAUGUACGAGACAAGAAUUACUUUUGUGAAACCAGUAGCAAUGAGCCAUUCUAUGACUCUGAUGGAGCCCUCAGGUGUUUGAAAAGUGGCUCUGGUGAUGUAGCUUUUCUAGAUCAUCUGACCAUAUUUAGUGCAACAGAUUCAGACCACGAUCAGUUUGAGCUACUCUGCCCUGAUGGAUCCACAGCUGCUCUGACCUCUUACAGAUCCUGUAACCUGGGACAAGGCCCCUGGAAAGCAAUUGUCACGCGAGGUCACAUGCACAGAAUAACAAAAAGGUUUCUCACACUAAUCCAGAAUCUUUUUGGUCGCACCGGAAGGAAGCGGAGUCAGUUAUCUCUCUUUAUGUCAGAGCCAUUUGGAGGGAAGAAUCUCCUGUUUCAUGACUCUACCCAAGGGCUGAAGAUCCUGGGUGAUGAUGUGGAUGUGACUGGGGUUUUAGGAGUAGAUUAUGUGGCUCUUCUGAAAGGAUUGGGGCAUGAAGGUAUCUCCUUGGAUCACAGUGUUAUCCGCUGGUGCUGUAUAAGUACCGCUGAGCUUCAGAAGUGUGAAGACUGGGCUCUAAGUGUCAGGUCAGAUCCAUUGGUCUGUGUCCAAGCAAUAUCUUUAUCUGACUGCAUUGAGAUGAUCAAGCGUAACGAGGCUGACGCUGUGUCAUUAGAUGCCACUCACGCAUACAUGGCAGGGCAGUGUGGUCUGCAGCCUGCUGCGGUGGAGUACUGGGGUGAUAUGUCUAACUGCCCUGCAGAUCCACAUGAGAAGAAGGCUCGUGCCACAGACACAGAUUUUCCUUUCCUUUAUGCUCUUGCUGUGGCCAAGAAGACUAUGAGAGCUGUGACCCUCACUGGCAUGCGUGGACGACGCUCCUGUCAUGGAAAUAUAUAUAGCACUGCGGGGUGGCUGCUGCUCUCCAAAUAUACGGUCCGGGCACCAAACAACCAAACGUGGGACUGUGACAUCAAUUCAGCAUACGAGAACUAUUUCUGGAAAGGGUGUAUGCCUGGUGCUGAACGUGGCCUUUGCAAGGUGUGUAUAGGCUGGGAGGAAGGUGGCAGAAUUAACGGGAGAUGUGCUUCAAAUCAUGAUGAGCGUUACUACGGCAACAUGGGUGCUCUCAGGUGUUUGGUUGGAGAUUCAGAUGGACGCAACUUUGGGGAUGUUGCAUUCCUUGAGCAUCACUCUUUAGAGGAAAAUAUUGCAAAUCUGGAGAAAUCAGGCUGGGCUUUUGGAUUUACUGCUUCAGACUUUGAGCUCCUGUGUCCAGAUGGAAGCCGGGCUCCCUUGAGAGAUUGGAGGCAGUGUCAUUUGGGAACAGUGCCUCCCAAUGUGGUGAUGACACGACCCGUGAUCACAAAUAAGGUCUACGACUUCUUAAGGAAAUCUCAGGAUGCGCUGAAACCAGAAAAAGGAUCCACUUUCCAGCUUUUUCAUUCUCACAAGGUCUAUGGAGAGAGUGACCUGCUAUUUAAGGAUUCUACAGCAUGCCUCCUCUCUGCAGGACACCACAGACUACAUGAUAUACUUGGAGAAAACUUUGUGCAACUUGCAGAAUCUGUGUUGAACUGUACACAUGCAGGUAUUUUGGAUUUCUGCAAUUCAGACAUCUGCACAAAUCUCCGGAGCUGAUGUGCUAUUUCUUUUUAAAGAUAUAAUACAAACCAAAGGAGCAUAAAGACCACAAUUACUAGAUUUAUACUAACAUUUUUACCAGUGGAUUCUGGAACUAAGUGUGUUUAUUACUUACCAAAAGUUCAGGAAUGCUAUGUAACUAAAUGUAUUGAAGGGCAUCCUACUAGGUGCUGCUGGAAAUCUCCUUUAUUUGUAAUUGGAUAUCUUGUGUUACAAAAUAUCAGCAAGGUGAGCUGGCUCGCAUCUAUGAUUGUAGGAAAACAACCACACUACAGCAGAGAGUCAUCCAUCUUAUAUUUUUAUUAUUUAUUACUGUAUAGUUAUAUAACCUGCCAUAAUCAAUUUAAUAUACAUUCUGUAUAUUUUUCAAACAUCAUACUACAAUUUUUUAUAACCUUAAGUAAAAGAAAAUAAGCUUGCAACAUCUUUUAUAUCCCUAUAUUGUAUAAUCCUUUUAUGUGCAUUUUAAAUUUCUGUUGGUAGUUCUGUUCACCAGAUUUGGAUCAGUUAAAUAUUAAGAUUAUAUUAAAUAAAAUAUUAUCCAUCA